GUCAAUGAAAUGGAAGUGCAAUUUAUCAGAUAUCUUCAAAAAAACAAGACAUUCCAUCUUUUAAGUCUGCUUUUAUUAAUACUUAUUAUUUACUAUGAUAAAAACCAUGCUCUUAAUUACAUUUUCGUAUCUGUCGAAGCAUAUUUAUAUAUUUUUACAUACGACAUGGUAAUCUCACGUAGUGUUACCAAUUAUGAUUCUUCUAGUGAUCACGUUUACACUAAUGCCAUCCGAAAGCGAAAUUAUGAAUUUAUUGGUGUCAGAUUAUUCAUCGCUUUUAUUUUUAUAAUGUACAUUCUGGCUGACAUUCUUCCAAAUGUUUCAUCAUUAUUUGUAUGGCUUUUUAUUUUAGUACCUAUGGUAUAUUUUCACCAAUUCUACCAAUUCAAGGUCUUAUUCGAUUUUUCUUACUUCUGCCCCCCUCUAGAAGGUUGCUUUAGGAUUCUUACAAUUGCAUUUCCUUGCAUCUUUUGUGGAAGUAAGGAUAGCAGAAUAUUAGUUAGUAUAAUCCUUUUCUUUUUACUUGUGUCUAUGCACAAAAUUAGAAGAUUGGUGAGAACAAGCUAUUCUCGUGCAACACAUAACAUUAAAGAUAUUGAAGAAAAUCAAUAUGACAAAAUUGUAUUAUACCUUAUUUUCUUUCUUUCGUUAUACAAUAGUAUUCCUAUGUUUUUAUAUUUUAUAAUAGCAAACUUUUUGACUAGAAAAGUUUUUUUUAGAGUUAAUUUCGGUGGAGAAGGAGAGGAAAGGAUUACGAUGUGGGGAUUAUCUUGGCCUUGUGAUGCGCUUGUUUCUCCUAUGGAUUUUGGUGUAAUCUACAUAAGCUUUGCCUUGUCUGUAAUUUCAAUUGUGUUUUACAAUUAAAUUAGUUUCCUUGUCAUAUUUCAUAUUUUCAUCUGAUUGAUUUUCUCAUAAUUUUUAUUACGUUUAGCUUUUCUAAACAAUGUUAUAAAAUUUAAUAA